AUGCCGUUUGUCGCUGCCGAGCGGCGCCGGUUGACCGAGAACUUAGGCUGCCGGGCCUUCUUUCUGCUGAGGUCCAGCCCCGUCGACCUCGAUCUGCUGAUCGCGGACCCGCCGGGGGGAGACGCAGACGCAUGGGCCGACCCGGCGACGCUGCUCGGCGGCGCGGCGGCUUGCUUCCGGAGGGCGGCGUUGGUCCACGCCAACCUCACCGCCGCCGAGCAGCACUACAUCGGCGGCUGGUCCAACAUCGGGCCAAACAACCUCUUCCGCGCCGUGCUGCUGCACCCGUCCGGCCGCGCGGACGUGGUGCCAAUCGCGCCGCGUUGGCUCGACCGGUUGCUCGAGGAGGCGGGCGCGCGCUCGUACUGGCGCAAGGGGCCGGCGCAGCAGCCGACGCUGCAGCACGACAUGGUGUCGACACACCACUACCACAUGAACAGCGUCGGCCUCUACCGCCUCGGCCAGCCCUGCUACAGGGCGCUGCUCGCGCGCGUCGCCGCCGAGCACGGCGACGCCCCGCACGACGUCUCCCACCACCUCUUCCUGCACGAGCCGCGCCACUUCCACAUCUGGCAGGCGCACGCGCAUCGCUUCCUCUACACCGACUUCGUCCAGAACCGGCUCGACGAGUGGUCCCUCGACGACAUCGCCGCCGUCUCGCCCGACACCGUGCUCGUCCACGGCAAGACGCCCGACCCGUCCGUCUUCGCGGCCUUCGACGCGCAGCGCGAGCCCGGGGCGGGAGGCGCGUGAAGUCUCGACGAACCUCGAUUGGCUCCUCUGGAAGCGCGACUCCUGCCUGGGGUGGCACCCGAGAGCUCAGAGCUCGCCGUCACCGACGACGAGCGCUCGACGCCAAAGUGUUGCCCCUCGCACCGAUUGCGAGGGGGGAAUCGAGGCACGAGGGGAGUUUCGAUCAGAGGUGACUCCAGCGAGUCGCAAACAGCGGUUGCCGCCGCCAGACGUACGCGCAUAGAGCAUGUGCCUCCGCCAGAGACGUCGCGCAUUUGAGCAGUAGCUCCGUACACAGUGGAGCCGUACCGAGUCCGAACUCCUGAGCUAGCUCCCUCUAGUUUAUUUACGAGUACGUGUGACGGGGGUAGUUGCACGAGUAUGAUGACUGUGGGACAAAGGCGUGUCGAAAAUGUCCCAAAAAGCGCGCUCGUAAACUUUUAGCCGUAACGGUUGUCUACGGUAAUUAAGACAUAA